UUACCUGUAUGCUUCUACACGCUCGACAGUUAGGAUAUCAUUCUCUAGUCCCUGCUCAAAACAAAGCUUACAAUGGCAAGCAACGCUUUGUUCGGCUUAGCUGUGUUGCUGAUAUGUGGAUCUAGGUCGACAGUCGUUAGUCAAACCACUAAAGGUAAUUUAGUCAGUCCCAGUGUCAUAGUGGAGGGAGGAACUUUUACUGUGACAUGUGACGCGUCACGUGCUGGUGUUCCAACAACCGCUACAACUAUUGUAUCUUUGGCUAUUGCGUCGUCAUAUGGGGGGACACGGCCAAAAACUUUGGCAAGAAACAGAUUGUACCCACCUCCUUAUCAGUCUCGGCUACCACCAAUAACUUCACCUGCAAGAAACUGGAGCUUUCAAUUCACUGGUAGCCUAUCCGCAACAUCUGAUAGACCAAUUAACAGGAACACGAUUAAAAUAGAAAUUGUGGUCAAUGAUGCUAAUUGCUCAGAUGCUGGCUCGUAUUUCUGUAACGCGACGUACCUAAAUGAAAACGAUGAUGAAACGCCAGCAAGCAGCUAUCAAAAUGUCACAAGUAGAGCCCGAGCAGUACCUCUGUCCCUGAUGUUAGUUCCCCAGUACGAAGAGGGACUGGGUCCAUACCAGUCAGUCAAUCCUGCAGGGUCUAAUGUUACUUUGACGUGUAACGUUAAUGGUCCAAAAGCUUUAAUCUUCACCUGGAAGUAUGGCCCUUCCAGUUAUGACGUCUACAGUUUCACGUCAUAUCCUGUACAAAACGCUAUAUCAGUUGCUGAACCUGUGCUGGUCAGUUCUGGGACAACCUGUGUCCUGUACCAUCAUACGUCAACACUGAAGUUUCAAACAGAAGACAUGUAUGAUGGCUACAUGUAUGUGUGUGUGGCUACAGAAAACAAUGAAGACACAAUUGUUGGGAAUAUGACGAUACACACCAUACACGUCCCUGAAAGUCCUCCUGCAAAACAAAAGUGAUAUAAUAACACAAUUGUGUUACAACAACUUCUGUGAGAUAUUCAGUAAAAUCGUGAAAUUCUGCGUCACGUAGCACUUUUUUUAUAUAUCUUAAAUUAUAUUUUUGUAACAAAAUUGGCGAGAAAUAUAAUACAUCCAGAUUUGUGUUAAAGAUUUACAAUUAUUCUAUAAUGUAGGACCAUUUAUUAUGUAUAUGCAUAAUACAUUUUGAAUAAAUAAAUGUAUGCAAAACUUUUUAUUGCUUUGUUAUACACAUUGUACACCUAAGGAUAAAACGACAAUUUAUUUAGAACAAAAAAAAAGUAUGUAACAUUUGUUUUA